CGGUUCACACAGCCAAGUCGCCACCACAGAGCAGAGGAGAGCAUUGCGAGUGAGCCACCUACAAUGGCGGCGUGGAAGACCGGCGUUUUCGCCGCGGCGGUCGUGGCUGCGGUGGUUUGCACCGUGGCGGCGGCGGCGAGCAAGUUCGACGGCGUGGUGCAGCCGAGCUGGGCCAACGACCACGUCCUGUACGACGGCGACCUCCUCAAGCUCCGCCUCGACAGCUCCUCAGGCGGGGGCUUCGCGUCCAAGAACAGGUUCCUGUAUGGCAAGGCCACCGCCGAUCUGAAGCUCGUGCCUGGGGACUCCGCCGGCGUCGUCACUGCUUUCUAUGUGACUAUCUUCGGCCGGGGACAAUCACAACGAGUUCGACUUCGAGUUCCUGGGCAACGUAACCGGCGAGCCCUACCUGGUGCAGACCAACCUCUACAUCGACGGCGUCGGCAACCGGGAGCAGCGCAUCGACCUCUGGUUCGACCCCACCGCCGACUUCCACACAUACUCCGUGCUCUGGAACCCCAGCCAGGUCGUCUUCCUCGUAGACGACACACCCAUCCGCGUCUACGAGAACAAGACCGCCACCAAGGGCCACCACCACCGCCACCCCAACUCCACCACCACCCCCGACAUCGCCUUCCCGUCGCCGCAGCCCAUGGCGGUGUACAGCUCCAUCUGGAACGCGGACGACUGGGCCACCCGUGGCGGCCUCGUCAAGACGGACUGGUCCCACGCGCCCUUCGUCGCCACCUUCCGGGACGUCAGCGUCGAGGGCUGCGCCUGGGCGCCCGACGCCGCCGACUCCGACGCCGGCGAGGUGGCGCGGUGCACGGGCACCCAGUGGGGCAAGGAGGGCAGGUACUGGUGGAAGGAGAAGGACAUGCAGGAGCUCUCCGUGCACCAGACGCACCAGCUCGUCUGGGCGCGCGCGCACCACCUCGUCUACGACUACUGCGUCGACACCGACCGGUUCCCAGUCCAGCCGCCAGAGUGCGCUGGCCGCUGAUCAUCUCUCGCGUCGCCGGUUGGUUUCUUAAUUAGGAUGGAUCCAUGAGUUCCAUGGAUCGGAUGCACCUGCGGGGUGGUUUACUUCGUUUCACUAUGUCGUCGAUUUAGCUCUCUCUAUCUGCUUGAACUUUGGGUCGUGCUGGUUAUCUGCCGUGUAGUUUAUCUUGUUAUGUGGGGGUGUCUUCUGUACAAAUUCGUCCCUGAAGAAUAUGAUGGUGCAUCGUCUCUUCUCAAAA